GUCCAGGCCUGGUGGGGAGGGGGCGCUGAAGGUUGCGUCUUACGUCCUGGAGCCAGAAUGCUCAGCCUUAUAGGUGUGACCUACACAUGUGACUUCACUGUUUGAAGCCUCAGUUUUGUCAUUCGCAGAAUGGACAUAAUCUAAGCUACUUCACAGGACUGUUGGGAGGAUUAAAUGAGACAAUGCUUGUGAAGCUUUUUGCUCGAGGGAGCCCUGGAGGCAGGGCCUGGCGGGCAGAGCUCGCCCGCUGUCCCCUGGGACCAUGGGCAGCAUGAAGACCCCGGUGGAGCUGGCCGUCAGCGGGAUGCAGACCCUCCACCUUCAGCCCCGCUGCCGGGGCGGCUGCCGGGUCAAGGCCAGGCCGUCGUAUGUGGAUGAGACUCUUUUCGGCAACCCUGCGGGCACCCGGCCCACCCCACCGGACUUUGACCCACCCUGGGUGGAGAAGGCCAACAGAACCAGAGGAGCGGGCACAGGACUAUCACAAGCCUCAGGCGCCAACCCGAGCUGUGAGACCACCUCCUCCAGAGGCAGCACCCCGACCCUUACACCAAGGAAGAAGAACAAGUAUAGACUGAUCGGCCACACUCCUUCUUACUGUGAUGAGUCGCUGUUCGGCUCCCGACCGAAGGGUGCCAGCUGGGAGGCCCCGUGGAUGGCGAAGGGGGAUGCUGCGAAACUCCACGCCCUCUUCUGGACACCCCCAGCUACCCCUAGGGGCAGCCACUCGCCCCGCCCCAGAGAGACCCCAGUUCGAGCCAUUCACCCUGCUGGUCCCUCGGAGACAGGGCCCAGGGUGGCUGCAGACUCCCGGAAGUUGUCCAGGGAUGGGCUGGACCCUCCACACCCCCUGAGGCGGGAGCGUUCCCAUUCCCUCACCCACCUGAAGGUCCCCAGCACUGGUCGCCCACCCACCAGUGCCCCCCGUGCAAAUGGGCCCCGGAAUCCCAGGCCUUCCCCGUCAGGGGUGACCUUUCAGAGCCCCCUGGUGACUCCCAGGGCUCAGUCAGUCAGUGUUUCAGUGCCAGCUACCCCCCGACAAGGUGGGGCCACCCAGAAACCAAAGCCCCCCUGGAAGUGAGUUUCUUGGUUCUUCCAUCAGGUUUGCCCAUGGGGUCACAGCGAGGGGCACGGUUUCGGAGGACGGCCCUGGAGGGGGGCCUCUGGGGAGACCAGAAUCUCCUAGGUACGCACCAGGCAUUGGAGAAGCACUCGUGGGGGCUGUCAAAGCGAGGGGGGCAGUGUCUCCCUCUAUUCUGACAUUCUGUAGUUGCUCCCUGCCACCCCCACCCCCAUGUGGAUUUGAGGGGCCCCUGAGAUGCCUGUCUCCAGUCCUGUCACAGCCACGUGCCGUAUCAGUGCCAACCCAGGGGUGCCCCCCGAGGGGCUACACCUCCCCCAUCACUCCCACAACAUCGUCUUGCUGCCAAGUGUGACUAAUGCUGUGACCGCCAACCUGGAGGUUCCUUGUUCCUCCCUUCCAGCCAAGCUUCCUGCUCAGGACUAGUGUCCAGCUGAGCCUGGAGGCCUCAGGAGAUUUCCCAGGCACAGCGUGUGGACCAUGGGGACACAAGGAUCUGGGUGAUAUGUGGGUGGACAUUUUUUAAUUUAAAUCCUUGUGUAUUUAUUUUCAUACAUUAAAUAUAUCAGUAGCUCAUCAAAGCCA